UUUAACUGAUUCCCAGCCCUAAUUUAAUUAGAUUUUUUUAUAAACCAUCCAUGUUUUUGGUGGUGGAUUGAUAAAUAGUCUUUGUAAAAUGUUUAUUAGGCUUUUACUUUGGGAAAUCUGUGACGUUUUUUGCCAUUUAAAACAUUUUAGUAGUUAAGAAGUAUGGAGAGAAUUCGGACAAAACCAUCCAGUCAGUGGUUGGCUUCAAGAAGUUGGACCAGUUUACAUUUGAUUGUUUUUAAAGGUUUAAAGUUUUUGUUAAAAUAAAUAUCUGUCCUCUUUGGUUUUUGACAUUUGAAGCUCCGCCCUCUUCACUUCUGCUCGACGACCAAACAAAUCUGUAUUCAGGAUUCUCUUUUCAUAACCGUGAAGACUCACCAAAGUCUGCCUCGCCGCCCUUCCCCCCGUUGUGUUUUUUUUUCCCUGAACCUCAACUUAUCAGGCCAACGACUCGCUGUGACCCCAACACCCAGCCCCCACUGCAGCAGCGAGAGGGUGAGGGGGGGUAUAGUAUGUCCUGGAUAAGGGAGAGGUGGAAUGCUGGAGGAAAGCAGAAAUGGGAGGGGGCUGAUAAGUUGGGAAGGCGGAGGGAGCGUUGGAUGGAUGGAGAGAGUGCAGGAGGAGGAGGAGGAGGAGGCAUUGGUAUGGGCUCAAUCAGGUGGGAGGGGGGGUAAAAAAAAAGUUUGACAUACUUAAGACAAAGACAGAAGCGGUUUCAUUAUUUUCAUCCGUGGAGCUGAAGCUGCCCGUGGAAAAGAAAACAGCAUUGAAGGCUGAGAUAGCGGAGAGGAGAACCAGCAGGAGAUAAGAGGAGAACCGCAGAGGAGGAACUAAACUUCACAGGGAGUACAACUUUCUUCUGCAGAUCUCCUGCAGAAGAGGAGAGAACACCAGCAACCUGGAGGAGGAACAGCAAGAGGUCCAGCGGGCCCCCCAGCACCAUUUCACCAUGAGUAUGCCAGGGACUCUGGAGAAAGGCGCCCACCAUCAAGCUCUGGACCUGUCAGAAGAACUUCCACCUCCUCUGCACCACCACCACUCCAACCACCACCUUCACCUCCACCACUCCAACUCCAUGGCCUCCACCACCGCUGUAGGCGGGGGUAGAGAAACCCCCUCGCGGGUCGUAAUACCUCCCCCGUACUCUGCCGCCGAGAGCGGGGGUAGCGAGGCCCCUCUGGAGCUGCGGGGGUCGCUGGACUGCUGGGCCUGCUCGGUUCUGGUGACAGCUCAGAACCUGGUGAUUGCCGCCAUCAACGCCUGCCUCGCCGGACUGGUGUUCGGCACCAUCCUGACGCCAGCCAUCGUCAUGGUUCUGUUCGGGUUCUUGUGCCACUCUUCGGUCAAGCCCCACGGGAAGAACCCGUACUGCUCGGACCUGCUGACCGACGGCGGCUGCGUGGCGCUGCUGGUGGUGGGAUUCCUGCUGGUCACCCCUCUGCUGGUCCUGGCGCUGGCGGCGUACUGCCGCCUGGCCCGCCACCUCCAGCUGGGCCUGUGCUUCAUCCCGUACAGCCGGGCCGUGUACAAGAACCUGCCGGCCUCCCAGCACCGCGGCCUGGGCUCCGGCUGCUGCGGGGGAGGGGACGCCGCCGACGGCAGCGGAAAAGGAAAAGUUUGGGUUUGAGAAAACGGGGGAGGGUAAAACUAAAGGGAAGAAUGAGAUGAUAUUUGGAUGUUAGUAACUUUGCAUCAACACUGUGACGUAUUAAUCAGAGUAGGAAGUUCAGAUUAAAUCAAAGUCAUCUAAAUAACGUUGGAAUCAUGGAAUCACAGGGCUGAGGGAAGUUAUUUUCACACAUUUAUGUCACUUCUAAGAUCGCACUGCUGAUUAUAAUCUUGUGUUAUUUUCUUUUUUCUAAUAAAAAUGUAAAAUUUCA